UUCCUCAACUUUAAAGUUUUUAAGCCUACCUCCCAUCAGAACGACACUACUAGAUGCAAAAGGCUAUAGCCAUCUCAGUUGCCUACUAAGGUUUAAACUUUGUCAUUUGAGCUUCUUGGCUAUCCUUUCCCAUUUCUUCUUUUGCUUUCCCCUUCUUUAGUUCUUUGUAGAUAUUUUCAAUGUGGCAGAAGCCACUCUAUAAGCAUCGCCCUUUUUUAAACCCUCAGUUCACAGUUUCCACCAUGAAAGCUGCUCCCUCUAACACUCUCAAUUUUUCUUCAAUUUUCACCAAAACGACAACAACACCAUCAUUUCCAACUAAAUUUAGUAGAACCCAUUUUCUUAAACUCCCGCAAAGGUUCCAAAACGACGCCUUCUUGAGAGCUUCAGCUAAUCCCCUUAAUUCUUCAUUUCUCUCCAGUUCAUCUUCUUUCAACGCAUUCCUUGAAUCCAAUGCAAAUGACACGGUUUUAUCUUGGAAGAAAGCGCGGGAAAUUGUUGUCGGUAGAGGGGGAAAAGCUGAGGCUUUGGGAUGCAAAGACAAAGUCAUAACGGUGGUUCUUUUGGGAUGGCUUGGGGCUAAAACAAAGCAUUUAAAGAGAUAUGUAGAAUGGUAUAAUUCAAGAGGAAUCCAUGCGGUUACUUUUGUUGUGGAAGUUAAGGAAUUGCUGUGGUUUGAUCUGGGUGUAAGGCUUGAGCAGCGUGUGUCUGAACUUGGAAAUGAGUUGGCCAGGUGGGUUUUGGAGAAAGAGGAAGAUGGUCGUGAAAGGUGCUUAAUUUUCCAUACUUUUAGCAACACUGGAUGGUUGACAUAUGGUUCACUUCUUGAUAGGUUUCAGGGAAGAGAGGGGUUGAAAGAGAAGAUAAGAGGAGUAAUUAUUGAUUCAGGAUCAGGGGACCCUUUAAAUCCUAAGGUCUGGGCAGCUGGAUUUGCUGCUGCUAUACUGAAGAAACGCAACUCUUCAAUAAAUGGAUCAGAAAGUGCAGUGAGUGAUUCAAAAUUGCUGAAAGAGGAACCUGAGAUGUUUGAAGCCGUGCUGUUAUCUGCACUGGAAAAGUUCUUUGCAUUCUUUCUAAAUAUGCCUGAUGUGGACAGAAGGUUAAGAACAAUCAUUAAUGCUAUCAUGGAGCACCAUCCUAAAUGUCCUCAGCUGUAUCUUUAUAGCACAGCUGAUAAGGUCAUUCCAUAUGAAUCAGUCGAGUUGUGUAUUGAGGAGAUGAGAAAGAAGGGGAUAAAAGUAUUCUCCUUUAACUUUGGCACAUCUCCCCAUGUUGACCACUAUCGGACAUUUCCCAAUAUAUAUUCAUCCGAGCUUCAUAAUUUUUUGAAAGAAUGUUUUGCUAUUGUUAAACAAACAUGAACCCUCCAAGUACUUUAAUCCAUUUGCUAUUCUUGUAUUCUGAUGUUUCCUUCAAAAAUGACUCCUAAAUAAAACAUUGCAUAAGUGCCUAGCUUAUCAGUACAUUCUUUUUAGUACUGGUAACCUUGUAGGCAGAAUGUUUGACAGGAAACCUGAACUUCACUUAUCAAGGUGAUGCCAUGAGAUCAUGGCUGAAUGCUUGUAAAUUGUAAUGAACAAUGCAGUGGUGCUAAAGCUGCAAAAGCUUUUCUUAUUUUGAAUAUAUUUGAUUCUUAGAAGUUGGUGCUA